UAAUAAAUAAUAAACAUGCUUUUCAGGUGUCCAGUGGAACGCCAGAAUAGAAGCAGGAUGAAUAUUCCAUUUCGCAUUGGCAAUGCCAAAGGAGACGAAGCUUUAGAAAAGCGCUUUCUUGAUAAGGCGGUGGAACUCAAUAUGAUCUCCUUGAAGGGACACAGGUCAGUGGGAGGCAUCCGUGCUUCUCUGUAUAAUGCUGUCACAACUGAAGACGUUGAGAAGCUGGCUGCCUUCAUGAAGAAUUUUUUGGAGAUGCAUCAGCUGUGAACAUGACUAGCUAUGCUCUGCCUGUGA